GCGCAUGCGCAAGGGGAGGCGGCCAUCAUAGGAUUUUGCAGUCGAAAGGAGUACAUAAUAUUUACGUGAGAGUGGAAGAAAUUUAACUUGUAAUCAUGGGGAAUAGGGGAAUGGAAGACUUGAUUCCGGUUGUAAAUCGGUUGCAAGAUGCAUUUGCUGCUAUUGGAGGUGGUGGUCUAUUGGAUUUACCACAAAUUGCCGUCGUUGGCGGUCAGAGCGCAGGGAAAAGCAGUGUACUCGAAAAUUUUGUUGGACGAGAUUUCCUUCCUCGUGGUUCAGGCAUUGUGACCAGGCGACCUCUCGUCCUCCAACUCAACAAUUCAAAAACAGAAUAUGGAGAAUUUCUGCACUGCAAAGGGAAGAAAUUCACUGACUUUGAUGAGAUUCGCAAGGAGAUUGAAGCCGAGACCGAUCGGGUUACCGGCAGCAACAAAGGAAUCUCUAAUGUUCCAAUCAACCUUCGAGUUUACUCACCCAACGUACUGAAUCUGACCCUGGUAGAUUUGCCGGGUAUGACCAAGAUAGCCGUCGGAGACCAGCCGGUGGACAUUGAGAUCCAGAUACGCAGCAUGGUCAUGGAGUUUGUGACCAACGAGAGCACCCUCAUCCUGGCCGUCUCUCCUGCUAACCAGGACUUGGCCAACUCGGACGCCCUCAAGGUGGCCAAGGAAGUGGACCCAAAAGGUGUGCGUACCAUCGGUGUCAUCACCAAGCUAGAUCUGAUGGACGAUGGAACAGACGCUAAGGACAUCCUGGAGAACAAACUUCUACCACUCAGGAGAGGUUACGUCGGUGUCGUGAACAGGUCGCAGCGAGACAUCGAGGGAAAGAAAGACAUAAAGGCUGCCCUCGCAGCUGAACGCAAGUUCUUUCUCAGUCAUCCGUCAUACAGGCAUAUAGCUGACAAGAUGGGAACUCCAUGGCUGCAAAAAAUCCUUAAUCAGCAACUGACCAAUCACAUCCGAGAUUCACUGCCCACGCUUCGGAACAGACUGCAGGCUCAGGAGCUGUCGAUGGAGAAGGAGGUCGCGGAAUACAAGAAUUUCAGUGCAGACGACCCCACCAGGAAAACAAAAGCAAUGCUGCAAAUGGUCCAGCACUUUGGAGUGAACUUUGAGAAGCGCAUCGAGGGUUCCGGAGACGAGAUCAACGUCAACGAGCUGUCGGGAGGAGCCCGGAUCAACAGGAUCUUCCAUGAGAGGUUUCCAUUUGAGGUAGUUAAGAUGGAGUAUGACGAGAAAGAGCUUCGGAGGGAGAUCAGCUAUGCUAUCAAGAACAUCCAUGGUGUCAGGGUGGGUCUGUUCACACCAGACAUGGCGUUUGAAGCAAUCACCAAGAAACAAAUCGGCCGUCUGAAGGAACCCUCCAUCAAAUGUGUCGAUAUGGUGGUCAACGAACUCAACGACGUGGUCAGGCACUCGGGGGAAGGGAUGGCGAGGUAUCCACGAUUACGUGAGGAGACCGAGCGCAUUGUCUGCACACAUAUUCGUGAGCGUGAGGCUAAAACCAAAGACCAAGUCAUCAUGCUGAUCAACAUCCAGCUAGCCUACAUGAACACAAACCAUGACGAUUUCAUCGGAUUCGCUAAUGCUGCUAAAGCAAAGAGGACUGGCCGUGAUCACCAAAAAAAGAUUCCCAAUCAGGUGAUUAGGAAAGGCUGGGUGAAUCUUCACAACAUCAGCUUCAUGAAAGGAGGAGCGAAAGAUUACUGGUUUGUUCUCACUGCCGAGUCUCUAGGAUGGUACAAAGAUGAAGAGGAGAAAGAGAACAAGUACAUGAUGCAGCUUGAUGGCCUCAAGCUGAGAGACGGAGAAAUUGGAUUCAUGGCUAAGAAAAAUGCUUUCUCUAUCUUCAACCCUGAUCAACGGAAUAUCUACAAGGACCACAAGACCCUCGAGCUGUCUUGUCAGACCUCAGAAGAAGUGGACAGUUGGAAGGCAUCUUUCCUUAGAGCUGGAGUCUAUCCGGAGAGAAACAAAGAGAACGAUGAAGAUGACGAGCAGAGAGCGGGGGAUAACACUGUAUCGAUGGACCCCCAGCUUGAGAGACAGGUGGAAACCAUCAGGAACCUGGUAGACUCCUACAUGAGUAUCAUCAGCAAACAGAUUAAAGACAUGGUACCAAAGACAUGUAUGGCUCUCAUGAUAAAUGAUACCAAGGAAUUUAUUCUGUCUGAGAUGCUGGCUCAUUUAUAUUCAAAUCAAGAUCAGGGGUCGCUGAUGGAGGAGAGUGCGGAUGAAGCUCAGCGUCGUGAUGAGAUGCUUCGGAUGUACCAGGCAACCAAAGAAGCGCUCCGUAUCAUAGGAGAUAUCAACAUGUCUACCAAAUCAACACCCUUACCUCCACCGGUCCAGAAUGAUGACCUCAUCAAACCAUUCAAUGGUCCCAGUGUUCCCACCCCAUCGAAAAGAGCCACCCCAGCCCCAUCAGCAGGAGGUAUGCCACGUAGGCCUAACCCUGGUCCGUCUAGACCAGGACAGCCUAAUAUACCGGGUAGACCAGACAUGCCAAAUAGACCAGCUCCUUCUAUUCCAAGACGUCCUGAGGCUCCUACAAGACCAACCCCUCCAAUACCAGAUAGACCAUCAGUACCUUCUAGACCAUAUUAGAAAGAUCAGAGGUCAGAGGUCAUUUAGAUCCAAGGUCCUUAUAUCAAGGGCACACGUCAUAGUAUUGAGGACAGUCUAAGAUUAUAUAUUAUCGUAGGUCAAAGGUCAUUUUACUGAAGAAAGUCACAGGUCAUAUUAUUGUUGGAAAGUCAAGGUUAUAUAGAAUCUAUUUCAUUUAUUCAAAGUGGAGAAGCCCUAUUACAGUAACAUCACGGCACGGACGGGAACUCUGCCAUUUAGUAAACGCAGGUCAAAUUUCAGUAAUAAGAGAGGUCAGAUAAUGGUCGCUGUAGUAGUAGAAAAUGCAUACAUGUAUUUGUAAUGCCUGAUGCUAAGAUGAACAGCCACUUGAGGUCACAUGAAGUUUAAGUGUUAUCGGGGUGUAGUCCUACAGCUUUCAAAGAAACAUCACAGAGUUGAAAAGUAAAUGCUUCUGGACUGCCAUGCUGUUGAUGAACCAACUCAAUCGUCAAGAGUCGGUUGCGGACUUUGGAUCAACCUACAGCGAGAGUAGAAUGCUGAGAGUUUCUGGAAUGAAAGGCACUUUGUAACUCUAGGUCAGUGCAGUAUGUGCAGUGUAAUGGUGUUGCUGGAGGUCAUACCAUCAUGCAGUGAGCAGUCCCUCCAGCCCCUGUCGUAAUGGAGGCACAUGUAAUGUAGCUGGUAACGGAGCCACAGCUUACGCCAUCAUACGUUGCAUGGUUGAGACCAGAGGUCAUUGCUGAUACUGCUUUUCUGAUGCCUCAGAGGACCUUGUACAGGAUAAACACCAGCUGUUAAGGGCCAGAAGGACAUUUUUUUUUUUUAAGGACUUGUUUCCAUUCCUCUCUGCCCUCCUCGAACAAUACGAUGUGUGUUUCACUUUUCUUGGGGGUUUCUUGGGGGUAAAACAUACUUGUACAGGUGUUUUUAUAUUUCCCAGAAGUGUUAUACUCCAUUUCAGUUAACAAAUACAUAAACCAACCGGCAUGGAGAAGAGAUUGAAAAAAAGGGAUAUGAAUAUCAAUGCGUUGGAAACUAUAUAGGCAAGAGGUCAAUGUGCACCAUCUCCAAACAGAUUCAUAUGCACAUGUAUGUAAUUGUUCACUUAAAUAGACUAGUGUAUAUUAUCUGUGAAAGAAUUAUGUAUCUACCAAAUGAUCCACCAUGAUAUCGCUGUAAAUAUUCCCUUUCAUAUACCGGUAAUGCAAAUUUUGAUUGACUAUGAUAUUAAAGUCUUUAUGAAAUAUUGUGUACUGUGAAGUUUUAUAAAUUUUGUUUCAGUGCAUGUGCACUGUUGUGAAGAUGGAUAGUGGUGCAUGCACAAUUAGUCAUACUUUCGUGGAAUGAUUUGACAUCGCUAUUGCCAAAGUUUGAUAUCAUAUAUAUAUAAUCUCUCUUUAUAACCAUCUUUUAACAUUUGGUUUGGUGAUCAAUAGUAAUGUUACAAAUUAUCCUUCCCAUAAUAUUGAAAUAUAAGUACAACAUUAAUGUUUAAGAAGAGAAGAGACCCGGGACCUGUUUCACAAAGUCUUUUUUCAAUGACAAAUGACAAAAAUUAGUGACAAAUCUGCUGAUAACCAAUCAGAAGCAAGGAUUUCAGUAGCUUAUAACAAAAACUGUCACUGAUGUCAAGUUUUGUGAAACGGGGCCCUGUAUUCCGCAAAUGCAGUGAUAAGAGCAGUGUGACUGACUACAUGGAUAUAAAAUGUAGGCUACUAUCAAGGUCUGUGUAUUAGUGAUGUACAAUCCUGCUUCUUUCUUCUUCUUCUUUUUUUUAUAUAGCUCUUUUGUAACAUUAGAACAAGCUUAAAUAGACUAACUUUUGUUAUAGAGGUGUGUUAAAGCGUGAGGGAUGUGAGAGGAAUUUGGUUGGUUGUAAAUCAAGAAGGAUAUCAAGUAUUGGCAAGAUUUAUUUCUUGCUCUCGAGUGAGAAGCCGAGACAAGUAAGAUGUCACUUUAACCAUGUGGUGGAGAGAAAAAGUGAAGCGAUUGAGACGAUAAUGAAUAUACAUUGACAUUGUAUGUGAGACUGUAAAAGCCAUAUAAUUGUGUAAAUUUUGUAAGACCCCUUUUAAAACUUGUGAUACGAAGAUAAAUGAUUGCAUUUAGACAUGUGUAUAAUUAAAACUGGAUAAGUGUAGACUUAUAUCAAUUAUUAACCAUUAAUUUGUGAACCUUCGUUAAGAAAUAGGUGGCAAUGGUGCGGGAUGUUGGAGUGAAUGAAAGGCACUUGUGUAACAAACAAAAUCAUUGUCUUUCAAACAUGAAUGUUAUCGUUUUUUUUAUUUCUAAGUACAGCCCCAUCUAUGGUAUGAUCUUUAAUAUAGUACAUCGCUAUUUCAUAAUGUUAGUUAUCGGUAUGGAAACAAAUUCCCGGUGUAAAUUUUGAUUUUGUUACAAGUAGUUUGGUUGUUUUAAACAACCCCAUUGUUUUGGGGAUUCAUGUCAGCAUUUAUAGGCUCUGAAAUUGAAUAUUUUUCCUUUUCUUUGCUCGUUAUUAGCUCACAGUGAAAAUUAGGAAGUGAAAUAAGUGAAAGGUAACAGUGGUCCCAGUUGAAUACAAAAAUGUUAUUUUGGAGAAGAAGAAAAAAAUCAUAUUCUACACAAAUAUACUUUUGCAUCUCAGUCCCAUUCUACAUACUCAUAGAGAACAAUUGAUGCACUGCGAUGACAUUAUCAGAACCAUUUUUAUUAAUUUUUCUGUCGGGACGACAACCCUGCUUCAAACUACAUGUAUACAACUGUUAAAAUAAAAUAAAAUUCAAAGGAAAAGUGCCCAGAAUCCAUCUAGUCCGUCGCUAUUUUACAAUAUCAUCAGUAUUCAGUUUGCAGGGAUUUUUUAUGGUGUCUGUACAUGUUGAUCUGGAAAACUAUAUCUUAUAAGGAUGAUAUGAUCAAAGUCCAUAUUUUUCUUUAAUCGCUGUGGGGAGGUUUUUGUAUUGUUUCCUGUUAACCGUUUUUAUUCUGAUAUUGGGGUUAUGGGAGGAUAUCUGUAUGUGUUUUAUACCUAUAAUGAGUAUAGAGCGUGACCGGGCAUGCACUGUUUUGGUCAACUGAUGUUUAUGUUCCCUAGUAGAAUGGCAUUGUGAUGUUGGAUUGACAGAAGUUGUACUCUAUAUAUUUAUCAUGUAUAUCAUUGCUUACUGGUAUAAGAAGGAAUCGUGUUUUUAAAGGUUAAAAUGAAUAUUUUAUGAAAGUUAUUAGUUCUUCCUUUGAUUUGUCAUGUCUAUUGAUUGUGGUAACCCCCUCCUCCUCCCCUCCCCCUCCCCUCCCCUCCUAUAUCACCCUCAUGUUGAUUAUGUCCCAUUCAAAUCCUUUUUUAUAUUUGUGAGAUAUUGUCAUCUUGUGCAACUCUCUAGUUAACAUGAAACUAUAUAUGAAUACUGUCACAAUGAUAUAACAUGUCAAUUUUGAUUGGUGAUUCUUUUAAUCAUUAUCAAUGUUUUAGUUUGCAUCGAUACAACUGUGUAUUAUUUUAGCGGUAGCGUAGCCUCCAUUUUUAAGGAAAAGUCCUAAUGCAGUAGCACUGUAGAGCUUUUAUUUUCAACAAUUAUUUAAAAUACAAUAUUUUUAUCGCUCAUAAUAUUUCAAACUUCUUGUCAUUCCAAAGAAAAUAUUUUGCACUACUUUUUUUUUGUGUACAGGAACUAUAGAAAAAAAUAUCGUACUGUACAGGUAUUUAAUUUUAGCAGGGAUUUGAGACAGAAUUAGCAUUUCGUUUUGGGAAGAUAUGGCAUUUGAAGAUAUGGGAGUUUGUAGACACCAGUAACAUGUUUAAAGAGAAGGUUGAGUUCUGGGGAGAGGUGAUAAAUAAUUUGUUAUCAUUGUUGUUAUGCAAGUGUGGAAGAACAUCAGAGAAAAAAUAAUCCCUGAAAAGCACGGCUCUUCAAAUGCCUCCAUAUUCUGAAUAUGACAAGUAGAACAGCUUCAAAAUGAGGCCCGAUUUUUAUACCACAUCGUUGUGUAGUCCCAUAUACAUCUUCCUGUGUACAGUGCUUUACCAAGACUGGGCCAAAUUUCUUGUCAUUUUGAUGACUCCAGAACCCUGCAGUACACACCAAUACUUAUAUGCUACAUGAUCAACUUUUCUGAUUGAUUCCACACCGUUUCUUUCACAAUGCAAUGGCAUGACCAGAACUCAACUUUAUCUUUAAUGGUUAGAACAAAAUUAGAUUAGAUCCGUCAUAGAUAUCUAUAGAAGAAACCCAAGAGGGAGGGAAUAUUAAUGAUGUUUUCAAGAAGGAUUAGAAUCGCUGUUUAUGAUAGGGAUAUUAAAUUAUACAGCCAUUAACAUGACUUUUACACCACUUUGAUACCGAUAAUUCUGUUUAUGCCGCACAACAAGCGGACCAUAAAAGAAGGUAUUAAGUGUCCGUUUGAUAACAAAAUAUGAUAUUUAUGUGGCUUGACGGCGUAGGAGCGGAAAAUCCGGUUGCCCGCAAGGCUGCAAUUUUAUUGCGUCGACCAGGCGUCGACCGAGGAUUCUCGGGCACAUGCUGACAUAAAUGCUGGUAGUUGAUACGCUAUAGACAUAAUCAAAAUAAAUCCAUAACUGAACCAUACAUUGCCCAUUUUGGGGGCAUGAUCUUAGUCUCAUUGAUUUGCAAAGCAAGUCCAAAAAAACGCAAAAAUGUGCCCCGAUUUUCUUGGUUUUCACAAUCGAAUUGAUGCCCUAAACUUCACCUGUCAUAUACAUGUAUGAGUCUGAUUGUAAUUCAAAAGAAAAACUGGUGCACUGUAUCAAAAGUAAGCUUCAAAUCUUGUUAUAUUAUAUUCAAAGAGAAAGGUUUUGGGAAUUUCAUUAGAAAUGUUGCUUAUAUUUUAUGUAACAUCUUUCACCGUUUUUAUUUCAUGGUUUUUAUUUCAUGAACUUCAUUAAUAUUUCUUCUUUUUGAUGACCGAUCUGUUUUUCAUUCAAUGUUAUUUUCUUCUACUGCAAUACAUUUAUCAGAAGCUGUGAUACAUGGUAUGUUGUGGAAAAUCCCUUUCUUUUCAUCUGCGUUACUAUGAUUUUAUUAAUCAAUUAAAUUGCCUGAAAUCAAAACAAAAAUAGUACUUAAAAGGCUUCUGGAAGAUUCAUAACAGCUUGCAAUUGGAUACCAGAGAUUCCAUAGUGUAUAUCACCUGAAUUCUACAGAAAAUGAAUAUCCAGAACUGGACGGAUCCUUGUCUUUGCGACUGGGAUGAUCGUUUAUGAAUUUUGUUCUAGAUAAUCUGGUAUAAUUGCCAUAACUGCUUAUAUGCCAAAAGAUUUACACUAUUGCAUCUUUUACAAAAUAUCAGGAGUAAUGGGAAAUUAUGUCAUAGUCACUCCAAAUUAUUUAAUACUCGAAAAUGGUGUUUUUUCAUUACUUCAAAUCCGAAUUCAUUUUGUAAUUUUAGAGUAUAGUUUUCAAAGAUUUGAAUCGAUUACAGGAACUCAUAGCGAUUGGAAAUACUUUACAAAGUCGCCAAUUUGCGUAAUGUUCUGUUUCAUAUAAAAGGUUAAACCAGACAAACUGUAAUACCAUUAUAUCAUCAUUAUGAUGUAUUAGAUAAAAAUUAUUCUGCUAUAGAAUGACAAUAAAUACAAUGUUUGUUUCUUCCGACUAUGGUUACUAAUUGGGAAGACAUAUGUCAAUACAGAUACAACAAUGGGUGUGAGAGAAUUCAAUGUUGGUUUUAAUAGUUUUUCCUUUUUUAAUGAGUUAGAUAUUUAAAUAGUGGCACCUGUCGUAGCAUACCAGCAGAAAGGCAUUUUGUAUAGUUAUUAUUAUAUAUUAUAAAUGAGCUAAGCAAUAACGGUCUAAACACCCCUAUGAUGAUUAUUUAUGUUCAGAUAUGUCUAUUAGAUGUACCAAAUGUUGUAAUGAGAAAAGUGUGGAGAAAUAAAAAUAUCUAUGUACCGUGCAGUCAAAUAUCACA